AUGUCUAGCCGAAGAUCACGUGGGAGGCAGUCGGGUGGGUCGUCGAGGAUCAGCGACGACCAAAUAGUCGAUCUCGUCAGCCAGCUCCAGCGCCUCGUACCUGAGAUCCGAAACAUCCGGUCCAAUCAGGUUUCGGCUCAAAAGGUGCUUCAAGAGACUUGUAACUACAUUAGGAACUUACAUAGAGAGGUCGAUGAUCUGAGCGACCGUUUAUCGGCACUUUUGGAGUCGACCGAUGACAGUGCCCAAGCUGCCGUUAUCCGAAGCCUUCUAAUGUGA